UCAUCGGCAUGAAUUCGGCCGCCCGCCCGCGUUCUUGUAUCGCCGUCGGGUCCCGAUUGCCGAGCUCAAGACAUAUAAGGCGUCAGAACGUCGCCAGUCUGCAUUCAGCUGAUGAGAGCAACGAAACACCCUUUAACUGAGUCAAUUGAUCCCCUUACCAUUGAGCUGUCGGUAUCCAGCAGCGUUUUGUACUCUGUUGUCGUCUCCUGACCAAUUGACGACAUGUCAGAGGCAGAGCAACCCACCAAGACGUACCGCGGCAACUGCCACUGCGGCGCGUACGUCUUUGAGGUCGAGGCUCCUGAAAUCACGUCGCUGAGCGACUGCAAGUGCAGCAUAUGUAGCAAACGACAGGGAGGCUACCUGUGGGUGGAGAAGCCCCUGACCGUCAUCAAGGACGAGGGCAAGCUUGUUCACUAUUCGUUUGGUCCGAAGAAGGUGGACCACCAGUUCUGCGGCUCUUGCGGAACCACUGUCAUCGCCACCAUUGACCAGUUCCCGAAAGUGGGCGUCAAUGUCCGAGCCCUUCAAAACCUUGACCUCUGGGGCCUAGAGGUCAAGCCGUUCAACGCCGACACGUUUGACCCACAGUAUGUGGCUCCGGCUUUCCUGGGCGUUGAGCCCACCCCGGCCGGCUUCGAGGACGGCAAGACGUACUACGGCAGCUGCCACUGCGGCGCCGUGACCACCGCCGUUCGAGUCAACGGCUCUCUCGAAAACGGUACCUACAAAGGACCAAUCAUUGAGUGCAACUGCAGCUUCUGUGCGCGGGGCGGCCAAGUCUGGAUCUACCCCACCUCUGCCCAGCUCGCUAUUCACGGCCGGGAGAACGUGACCUACUACGCUUUUGGCCACCGCGUCUGGCGCAAGAUAUUCUGCAGGACGUGUGGUGUGUACAUUGCCACUGAGGUGAACUCAGACCAGACCGAUGACGAGAUCGCCGCCUUGCCCGAGUUUGUCCGCAACUUCCGCGCCACUCAUGUUGACAACAAGCCCCUGAACCUGCGUGUCUUGAACGGCGGGUUCGAUUUCAGGGCCGUCAAGCCUCUCAUCAGGUCGGACGGCUGGAAUCGGGAGCCGCUGUAUGUGAAUCCCUAGGUUGGUCUGCAGGCCUGGCGUCCAUCUUUUUGGAUUGAGGGCAGGGAGAGGGAAGCGUAGCUCGGGAACGAUACACAGGUUUGCGAACAAACUGCUUUCGACCCAAGGCGACGGUGUGCACACAGGCCACUCGUC